AUGCUCCGGGCGACGAAUUAUGGUUCGGGAAUUCAUUCAUUGAACGUAACAAGGAAGUUUCAGCCGAUGCAGUGUAUCCCGAAACAUACACGGCCUAUGGAUCAGAUGGCUCUUCUUACAGCGCUCCAGCUCUGGUCAUCAACGAUAUCGCCACUCACAAGAGUUACAAAUAUCGAGGUUACGCUGGACAUGGUGUUUCCUUCGAUUGUGGGGGUUCCCAUCACUACAAGGCUAGGUCAUGUCAUUGGAGUGUACACUGUUACCGACGACAAACCACGAGCUGGUCUUUCACCGGAGGAACUUCGUUUUAUGGCAGAUAUGGCCAUCAUUGUCGUCCAGCAUCUAGAAGCCAUUAAAAAUGACCAAGCAAGAGGCACUCAUAGAGGGGGACAUUACCGAAGAAGCCACUCGCGCUACCUCAUCCCCCCGUCUUAUCCACCUCUUACCAUGAGGAAAUUCGAAACCAACAGUAACAGAAUUGGUACUGAUGAAUCAAGUCCGGCGGUCAAGAACAACCCACCUGAAUUCAAAGGGCUGGUUAUCCAAGACGCAAACACCACCCCUAAGGAGUUUAAACGAAUUGGGUAUGAAGAGCCCGGUCAAGACCAACUCCUGGACCACCAUGGUGCAAGCAAUGAACUUCUGAAAUGA